AUGGCUCCCAUCCUCUUCGAUCUUCACCAAGGCGGCCAACACAGCGAACUCUUUGGGCGCUACUGCCAAUCCCUUCUCGAGACUCGAUUCGAUGAACAUCGCAAAGUGCCCAAACCGAAAUUAAGCCUCGAUCUCCGCUCGGAAGCACACCAGAUCGUCAACAUGGCUUACUACGCUUUUACGAAUCGAGGUGCAAUCAUCUUCCCUGGCACCGAUUUACCACCUGCUUAUUCUCAAGCAACAGCACAGUUGAAUUGGUCAUUCAAGGAUCUCUCCAACGCUCUAGACGCUCAGGGACCCGGUCAACUUACCCCUGAACAACGGCACGACCUGCACAAAGCAUUCGAGCCUCUCGGAAAACCGCUCUCAACUGGAAGACUGCCAUGUUUGACGGAACCCUCGUGCUUCGUGGACGCUGAAGGAGUGAUUGGCUUUUGGAGCUUCCCCGGUGUUAUCCAAAGAAAGCGACAGGACAUCAUGUUGAAUGCUGUACAUAAUCUUUCCGACGGCAGGGUGUUGACCCCCGCGCCAAACGAUCCAAAUCGGUAUUUCGAUGUCUUUGGGAACGCUCUCAGAGGUGGAACGGCCAAGUUUGAAUUGUGCACCCUACCUGAUGGUGCGCGACGCCCAGUGCUGUCUCCCAACCUCGUUGGUCCCGAUUCUGCUGUGUACAUCAAGUUUCUGGAAGAGAUGCAGGAAAGCUUCGCCGUCCUCGGCGGCAUUCUGGCUGUCACCCACCCAUGGCUGUUUGAUGCAGGUCUCUCCAUUCUUUCUUCAUUGGAGCGCGGAAAGAUCGACAUUUCUCAGCCCGAAAACCUCCUCGACGUCCUCUCCUUUUGGUCAUCGCCGUUCUCCAAGUUCGAGCUUGUCACAAAUAGGGAAACCGUCCUCCAGCGGAUCCUCACCAGCCCAACCUGGGCUUACGACCUUGUCUGGACUGGGGGCACUUUGACGCUCGGUCGCUUCGAAUGCCCGGCAUUGGGAUACCGGUUCCACAACACUCCGGGGACCGUAUUCGUCGGGCAUUUGAGACUAAUCGAGCACGGCAUUGCUCUUGGCAAGUCCGAACAAGUCCAGAUCUUUGCCUCGUUCGAGGAGUCCAUUCUCAAGCGCGUCCCUCAGUACUACAUGCCCAAAGCUCCGACCUUAGAUAUGUGGACAGGUUACUGGUUACACAAGUAG